AGGAAAUUCUCGCGAGACUUGCACCAGGCAACGGCGCAGCAAGAUGGCGGCGCCGGAGACGGAGGUGGUAGCAGCCGCAGGGCCGGGAGCCGGCCUUGGACAGCAAGUGACGAGCAAUGGCACCGCGGGGGGCGGCGAAGGAGUCGUGGAGACUCAGCAGCCGAAUCAGCCUCAGCAACAAGCCCCGAAUGCCUGGCAAAUCAUCAAAGGAGUCUUAUUCAGAAUCUUUAUUAUCUGGGCCAUCAGUAGCUGGUUUCGUCGCGGGCCAACAACCCAGGAUCCAUCCACCCCCGGGGGAGCACCCAGGGCACCAAGCCGCAAUCUUUUCCCUAAAGACACCUUAAUGGAUCUUCACGUCUUCAUAUCCGAACACGAGCACUUUACCGACUUCAACACCACGUCGGCAUUGUUUUGGGAACAGCGAGAUCUAGUCUACGGAGAUUGGACAAGUGGCGAGAAUUCAGAUGGCUGCUACGAGCGUUAUACCGAGUUGGAAAUCCCUGAGAGCGUGCAACACAACGGUUCCAUUUACAUCCACGUGUACUUUACGAAAAGCGGGUUCCACCCUGACCCCAAACAGAAGAACCUCUACCGGCGCCUUGCCACGGUUCACACGUCUCGAAUGAUCAAUAAGUACAAACGUAGACGCUUUCUGAAAACCAAGAACCUGCUAACCGGGGAAACCGAAGCGGAUCCCGAAAUGAUAAAAAGAGCUGAAGAUUUUGGCCCCGUGGAGGUGAUCUCGCACUGGCACCCCAACCUCACCAUCAACAUUGUGGAUGACCACACCCCGUGGGUGAAGGGCAGUGUUCCUCCCCCUCUGGAUCAGUAUGUGAAGUUCGACGCCGUGAGUGGCGACUACUACCCCAUCCUUUACUUCAACGACUACUGGAACUUGCAAAAGGACUACUACCCCAUUAAUGAGACCGUGGAACGGUUGCCCUUCCGCCUUUCUUACUGCCCGCUUUCGCUCUGGCGGUGGCAGCUCUAUGCUGCCCAGAAUAGCAAAUCUCCUUGGAAUUUCCUCGGGGAGGACUUGUACGGGCAAUCUGACGAGGAGCAGGAUUCGGUCAAGGUGGCUUUGUUAGAAACGAACCCUUACUUGCUGGCUCUGACGAUCGUUGUUUCCAUUGUGCACAGCGUUUUUGAGUUCCUUGCUUUCAAGAACGAUAUUCAGUUCUGGAACAGCAGGCAGUCUCUGGAGGGCCUCUCCGUACGGUCAGUCUUCUUUGGGGUGUUCCAGUCCCUCGUGGUCCUCCUCUACAUCCUGGAUAACGAAACUAACUUCGUGGUGCAAGUCAGCGUCUUCUUCGGUCUGCUCAUUGAUCUCUGGAAGAUCACAAAAGUGAUGGAUGUCCGGCUGGAUCGCGAGAACAAAAUUGCUGGGAUUUUCCCACGCUUAACAUUCAAAGACAAAUCGACGUACAUCGAAUCGUCGACCAAAAUCUACGAUGAUAUGGCCUUUCGGUACCUUUCCUGGAUCCUUUUCCCUCUGCUGGGUUGUUACGCCGUAUACAGCCUGCUCUACAUGGAACACAAGGGCUGGUAUUCCUGGAUCCUGAGCAUGCUGUAUGGUUUCCUGCUGACCUUUGGCUUCAUCACUAUGACGCCCCAGCUCUUCAUCAACUACAAGCUGAAGUCGGUGGCUCACCUGCCUUGGAGGAUGCUCACCUACAAAGCCCUCAACACCUUCAUCGAUGACCUCUUCGCCUUCGUCAUCAAGAUGCCUAUGAUGUACAGGAUAGGCUGCCUUCGCGACGAUGUCGUGUUCUUCAUUUACCUGUACCAAAGGUGGAUCUACCGGGUGGAUCCAACCCGCGUCAAUGAAUUCGGCAUCAGUGGGGAGGACCAACCAGGAAGGAUGGCGACACCGCCGAGUAUAGCUCCGCCGGACGGUAUCCCUGCAGUGUUGGCCAGCAGCCCACCGGGGGCUAAAGCCGAGGGUCCCGCCGACAGCCCUGCCGAGGCAGCGACAGAGAGAGGAGCCGGAGAGACCCCCGUCGCCAAUUCAGGGGGCUCUCCCGUCGCCGAAGCCCUCCCGGUUAAAACGGCAGAAGAGAAGAAGAAAGAUUAAGCCACUGUUUUAUUUUUAAAAAAAAGAUUCCUAACUUGACACUCUCACUGUUGGAUAACGGACAGGAAGCGAACGGGCAAGGGAUGGGCCAGCAGAGGUGGGGGGGCAGAGUUGCUCGGGGGUCUUCCCGAGCUCUUUAUUUUAUAUUCCAGGAAAACGUCUGGGGUGGGGGGGGGGUGGAAGCAGGCAGGAGAAGGUGGGGAGGAGAGAGGGGGGUCGGUCAGCAAGCGCCACGAGGAGACCGCUUGAGAAAUGUGGAAGUGACGUGUGACAUGUGUGUUCGUUGCGAGAGAAACCUCACCUCGGCCCCCCCCUCCUCCCAAAACCCAACCCCUCUGUAGAUUUUUUUUUUUUCUGUGUUUAAAAGCAAAUCCAGCCACCCACUCAAGUAAUCAUUGUGCGCGCCAUCUCCCAUCAUGCGGGUCAUUUUAAGACGUUCGGUCGUUCAGGAGUUCGUUUCCUGCCAAGUUUGUGUGUCUCCGUGUCAUAAAAUAUAUAUAUAUAUAUAUAAAAGAGAGAGAGAGAGAGAAAGAGCUGAUGCUAAGAACCAAGCCAAGUAUACCGUUUUCUCAUCAUUGCAUUCCCAAGGAGGACAAUGGAUUGAAUAAAUUCCCCUGUGGGUGUUUAUGUUUAAAACAAACCGA